ACGGGAUCACAUGUUUUUGGGGGGUUAUUUUCUGUCUAUAUAGUUUUAACAGGGUGGAUUCUCAUAAACACUAAAACAAAAGCUUCAAAUAAUGGGGUCAGUACACCUGCAGGUAAUCCCUGUGUGCUUGAUAUAAAGGUGUAUGAGGCAUUGGAGAAGGGGUAGCCUUAAUAUGGUCAUCUAAACCCCUACAAUCUACAAUCCUUCUGAUUGUGAAGGGCAGUCAUUCAUGGUAUGAGCUGAGGGGCUACAUCAAGUGUAGGAUAAUGAAAGAUUAUUUUGCACCAUCAGUUAUGUGAAGCUAUUUUAACAGUUAAAUAAUACAAAUAUGGAGCUUGUAAAGUGUAAAAUGGGAUACGCCAAAGUUGGACCCUCAUAUUUACUGAUUCUCCUUCAGAAACAAUAGGUGUUAAAGUAUUGCAAACCCAUCUGCUAAAGAUUAUUUUGAAAAAAAUAAGUUUAAGUACAUUUAUAAAUUCCCAGAAGAAAGCUAAAGACAAUCCAGGCCUAGGUUCAUAACCCUGCUUUAUCUGCAUUAAGGUGCAUAGGUAUUAUAAUAGCAAGACAUCACACAUAUAUAAUCAGGCUGCAUUCUCUACAGUGUAACCAAAUAUAUUUCCUGCUGUUUUCUAGAUACUUAUGCAUAACUGUGUUGCAGCAGAUAGUGAGUUGACGUUUAUUCAUUCAGGAAGUCUCUUUACGAUUAAGAUCUUUUUUUCAAGACAGAACUACUGAGUGAUUACCAGAAAAUACUCUCCAAGUCAGUCACACACAGGAGCCACUUCUCACGCAGAGGGACGCCGAAUCAAAAAAGUUACAAAUAUUAUAUUAGCAAGUGCAACUUCCCACAUUUUUGCUGGGGUUCAGUGAUGAAGGAUGAAUAAAAUGCAUGGCAUGACAUGAAUACACGGCAAGGCAAGUAAAGACAUAAUAUUAAAACAAAAACAACAAAUGAGAAACCAGGUUUAAGCAUUUAUGGUAAUGUUAGUUAUAAUUUUGUUAUCAUUCUUUAUUUCUGCAAAAGCAUAAAAAUCAUCUCAAAACAACUUUCUUCUGUUUAUAAGGCCACCCUUUGUAAACAAGUACAUUUUAGGAUGUCUGCUCCCAGCGGUAUCCUACAGAUACACGUUCGGCAGUUUGCACCUCAAGCAUGUUAAAAGUUUAUGACAGUAAAAUUAGAAAAAGGCUCAACAAGUAUUGCUUGUUUGGAAGCUUUGCCAGGAGAAACUCCCUUCUCUCUAAAGAGAACAUGGCAGCAGAGCUUAAGUUUGUUAGCUGUAAUCUGAACGAAACGCAAGACUUCUGGAAAUUUGAACAGAUGAGACCAGGAUGGUGAUGUUUGACCGUAAUGCACAGCGCCAUCUUUGGAGAAAACCAAACACAGAAUAUCGCUCAAACACCUCAUACUAACUGUUAAGCACGGUGGUAGAGGGGUGGUGAUUUAGGUUUGUUUCACAGCCACAGGACCUGGACUCUUUACAGUCAUUGAGAUGCCUGUGAACUCUUCUGUAUAUUAAGAAAUUCUAAUGUCAAAUGUGAGGCUGUGUGUCUAAAAGCUAAAGCUUGGUGCAAACUCGAUUGUGCAACAGGCCGAUAAUCCCAAGCACAGCAGCAAAUCUACAACAGAACGAAUAAAAAAGAAAAAAUCAAGCUGUUUCAAUGGCUCAGUCAAAGUCUGCACGUCAACCCAACUGAAGUCUGUGAUGGGACCUUACCAUAGCUAUGCAGAAACAAAUGCCUGAAAUUCUCAAUGAACUGAAGUAAUGUUGUUAAGAAGAGAAAUUCCUGCAUAAUGAUCUGAGGGACUGAUAAAGUCAUAGAGGAAAUAAUUACUUCAUGUUAUUGCUGUUAAAGACGGUUCUACAAGCUAUUAAGUCAUGGGGUGUGUUGAGUUUUUCACAUGACUGUGAGUGGCUUUUCUGUAGACAUUUUCUUCUCACCCCUGGAGCACAGCAGCACAGUUUCACAGAGACUUCAUACUGAUGGCUGAGUUCUCAGAGCAGGUGGGUCCAACUCCUGUGCUGACAAUACCGGAGGACUCCAGAGUCCUCGGGUCAUUUGACCUCAACCACUUCUCUGUUCGCAUCAUGUCUGUGGACUACCAAGCGUCUGGCCCCGGCCACACCCCUCCAUCCUCGCCCGGCCCCCGACUCAACUUCAGCGAGGACUCCAAAGUAAUCCUGGGAGAUUCAGCAGAGGAUGCGUUUGCAUAUGUUCAUCACCUGACGCUGUACGACCUGGAGGCUCGGGGGAUGGUGCGUCCUUUCUGCAUGGCCUACGUGUGCUCGGACCAGGUGAAGCUGAUGGAGAACUUUUCUGAGCUAUCGACACGCUUCUCUGAGGCAGCUGAAAGCCUCAAGACGGGAAACAGACAAGCAUUUUCUAUUGAGCUGCAGAGAAAACUACAGGAGCUCGAGUACAGACGCCUGACCCUUCGAAAGGUCACAGAAGGUCAGACGACGGUAAAUGGGUUGACAGAAUCUGAAGGAGAAAGUGAAGAGCUCGAAGCUGUGGAGCGUUCAAUCUUAAAUCACAGAGAGCUCCUUCGUCAGGUCGCAUCCUACCCAAACAGGAAGCUCAAACAGCCCGACUUCCUGCCCUAUGACCCAGCCACCUCUCUCACAGAUCCAUUGCUGUUGCCACCUUUUGAGCCAUGCUUCUCAUUCUCCACCCCCCCCUCCAUCUCCUGCAAGUCAGAGCACCAUCUGAAGCCACUGGAGGAGCUUUGCAACGAAUACUACCUGAAUCUUACGAAGGAACGCCUCACAGACACAGAGCGACGUCUCCGUGGUGACAGAAGUGUCCUGCGAACUACUUAUGCCACACAGUCAUUGUCCAGGAGACUAAUGCUCACCAACUUCCUGUUUGAGCUAUGGAGCCCGGACGAUGCUGAUGAGGAGGGCACUGAGGUGGAGCUGCCCAAGGACACGGGGAAUAAGAGGAGUGGUGAGGCGUUUCAGCCAGAACCACCGAGCAUAGAGUCAUUCUUCUCCUGUGUGGAGGAGAUCCCAAUCAAACUGGUGGCAGAAGCACAUACGCUGACCCCCGAGCCUGGUCCUGGUACAGAGAUGACGGGGAGUGUAAGCAGCAGCGACAGCAUCGAAGUGCUCGGAACUGAGAAGUCGUACAUGACGCAGCAUGUCGCUACUGGAGUCGACAGCAGAGGCACACCAGUCGGAGUGACAGAGAGUUGCAUCAGGCGUGCAGCAGUAGACACUGGCAUCAGACGCCCGCGAGCUUAUGCAAAGCGUGCCGACAGCGAGGACAGCAUUGAAGUGCUCAGCACCACAGAAUCCAUCCUUCCCGAAGACCUCACUGCCAUCACAGAGGAGGAAGCAGAGCUGCAGCCUCUGAGCAACGGCUUUGAGAAUGAAGAAGAACCACAGAUGGAGGAUAAGUCUCACAAAGUCCUCAAAGAGGAAGAGACACUGAAUGCACCUGCUGCAGUAAGCGAGGAUGAAAAUGAGGGGCCUGAUGACGAAGAUCAGUGUUGCGUUGGCAGCGAAGAGCCUUUGGAGCAAACAAUGGUUACUGAUGACAUCAUGAUCAAAGAGCAGCCAGGCGCCAUAAAGAUGAGUCAGUUUCACAAAGACAAUAGUGAAGAGAAGACCUCCAAACUACUGCAAGCUGACGAAGCGGUGAAGCCCUCACCUGAGGCUCAGCAGAAGGUGCGGCUGAUUCCUCAGGUCCAUGUGAACUUUGCACCUGCUUCCUACAUGGCCGAGGUGGAUCGCUGGUCUUCCCCCCGCCCUCCCCUGAGGCUGCUGAGUGUUGAUGAGGAGUCAACGCUCAGCAGCAUCAGUUUCACUGAAUCCUCAGAGCCCCCGUCCCCCACCCAAAAUAUCCACAGCAGCAUCUGCUGGGAUAAGAGGAGGAAGAGAAAGGCUGGACUCAGAGCCCUCAGGUUUAUCAAGCACAACUCGUUCUCCCAGCAUGCAGUGUUCUGUCUCCUGAGUGGCCGGCCACUGGUUGUCAUCGGAGGAGAUGAGAAUCUAGUCAGGAAGACGGUGGAUGCUCUGACCCUCUUCCUGCCUGCUCCUGGUCCUCAUAGAAGUGCUGUGAAGAUGUGUUUGACCACGCCCCUUCAGCUGACUGACCUGCUCACCUGGAGACUGAUGGGAGUGCACAGAUCAUCCUCGGCUUCUUUUUCCACCAUCCUUCCUUCUCUGAGUCGCUACAGUCGUUAUUUGGCUCUGCUGGACCUCGACCAGAGGACGCUGCGGUGCCCGUCUUACUCUGGUUCUCUUCUCAGCAGACUGGCCAAUCCUCACACUGGUAUCAUCCGGGGCAUCACCUACGUGCAGCAUCUGGAGAGCUGCCUUGCUGCGCUGGUCAAUCACGUACUGGUGCACACAUUUAUACCUCUUUUUAAAAAUCUACGUGUGACUAAAGAGAAGGGUGACACCGAAGUGGAUUCCUGGUGUGAACGAGGACUCUGCAGUGAACGAGGACUCUGCAGCAGUGAAUGUGAUUUGAGAGUGAUGAGCUAUCUGUCUCAUCUCAUUAAACAGCGGUAUACGGGACGUGGACCGCCAGUGUUAAGAUUCGCUUACAGCUCAGUGCAAACGCACAGAAACACAAUUACAACAUAGGAGUCGAGACGGGGGAAAAGAGAAACCCCGAAUGUUUCGAUGUUUCUCUAAUUUUUAGGUUUGAUCAACUGCUGCUGUGAACAUUUCAGUACAAAAAAAAAAGUGUUUUUAUCUGCUGUGUUAAAUAUAGAUUUAGGUCACAUCGUUGCACUAGUGCCUCACUUGGCACCAAAGCCCUUCCACAUGCUGGCAGCCUUAACCCCUAAUGACACAUGAACUUGUAAUUUAAGAAAACUGAGCCUUAUCUGAACACUGUGCAAUGUAAGCAAGCCUGUAACCUCUAUAGAGUACUGUUUACUAUGGAGUACAGCACAACAUCCACAUGACAUGUAGGUCCAUUACAUCAUUACUUUGUAAAAACCUGUCACCCUGCCUUUAGCGUGUCUGAUAGUCACAAAUAACUGGCAGCCUAUAAUUAUUCUACUACUACUACUAAUGAUGAUAAUGCGGCCCAUGCAGUAAAACUGCAGGUCUGUGGGAUGUCAGUGGGUUCUUGCUAAAGGUUAAACUGGAAGCUCAGUACCAUGUUUUUUUUGAACAGACAGGUAGUGCAUUACAUUGAAUCACCCAUCAAAGUCUCAAGUGAAGCAUUGGUGGAGAAGUGUACACGGUUUUGUAAAAGCUGUAUGUGGUGUAAAGGUACUGGUACUUUUAAAAUGCUUUACCACUGAGCACUCCGGUGCUUUUUACUGCAAGCCUCAUUCAAACCAGCGCAUUUUUCUAUACUGGAGCCUUGUCACACGUUCGCACAAACACUGAGGGAUGCAGCGGGGCAAAUGUUUAGUAUCUUGCCCAAGGAUAUUUGAUGUGCAGGCUGGAGAAGCCAGGGAGUGAACUGACCACUGAUGCUCUAUAGUGUGCAGAGUUUCUUGGCUGAAUUGAUAAUGGAUUUAUAGUGUUGGCAUAGCAAUUACAAUUUUUUUUUUUUUUUUUUUAAAUUGAUGUGGUUCAGGUACCUCUUUUCCACUGUAGUAGUGCCAGUGUGGGUGCAGAUUCAAUUCUGCACCAGGAACCACAGAUUUCCUUAGAAUUAAAAAAUUAUAACUUUUUGUAAAAAAAUCCUGACUUGUCUAUAAAAGUACACAUUACACCAUCAGUUACUGUGGUAACUAGAACUCCAUAAAAGCCCGCUAAUCCAACUGUGUGAUUUGUUGGACACAGCACACGAUUUGAAACCAUAAAGUGCCUUUAUAAAAUGACAGAGCAACAUCCUUCUCUUUAACACUGUACUGUUUAUCUUGCUGUGUAGACAAUAAAGUCAUUUUACAUUCAAGCAGUGAUUCAGCAAACUGAUGCAUAAAACUGUUUUUAUUUAUCAGUGUAACAUAUUAACAUUUUUAUGAACAUUAAAAAGGUGAAUUAA